AAAGACUGUUGCAGUAUUUAAUUCUCCCUAUCCCAAGGAGAAGAUCCAGUUGAGCUACCAAAGUGUUAGACAUUGAUUACAAUUUCUUAUCUUCAUAAAUGGAUGGUCUAACUGUGCUCCAAAUGGAAAAAAAAUGUAUAAACUUGGAUUUUUAUCUCCACUUCUACCACGAAAUCUGAUGAUUCUUGCUUGACGACGACUUUCUUAGUGCUGGUACAACAAUGAUGAUAAUGUGCUUGGUACCUGAUGGUCUCGAAAUGUCCAGAGAAAGACAGGCUCAUUUGCUGAGGAGAAGUCAUAGAUUGCACAUUCCCAAGGAUUUGAAUAUAGCAAAGAGUUGGUGCAUCCUGAAACCUUUCGUUGUCGAGCACAUCGUUGGGUCAGGAUACGAGGCCGUUCCCUAUGUCAUCGAUACGAAGGUCUAUCAGAUCGGUCACAUCUUCGUUCGACAAUCUUCUCACGUGCAAUGCUUCUGCGUCGCUCCGCAAUUGAAACUGCUCGGUCCCAUUCGCGACUUUCUCGUGCACGAGAAAAGCAACGCCAGGUGGCUGGAUAAAGAUCUUCCAACGAUCAAGACUACCAAGGAUAAUAGGAAUUUUCGGGUGAUACUCGAGGGUGGCAAACAGGAGUUGGUGUUCAGAGCUUUCGAUUGCCAUUUCCUGGACAAGGCGCCGGACCUGUCGAUCGAGGGAGAGGUGACCAUAGAUCGCUCGACCCACGAAGACCUCGCAACGGCGGAUUGGUUCGGUCUGAUCACCGGAGUGUUCGUCGCGAGCGAGUUCGACAUCCACGUGACGAGAAACAACCGCGAGAGAGUGUUCUACGUCGGUGGGAAAUCGAACACCAUCCUGUUCAAAUACGAAAUUUGCAAGAUGGACAAGAACGGCAGCGUGUACGAAACUUCGAUCACGGGAAUGGAGUGCAAAUGGCUGCCCGUAGUGGAAAGGAACAUGAACGAGUUGCCCGUCACCGAGUUCGUCAAUCAGUCAACGAGAGUCAAAAGUCAAAACAGUCCUGAAUAA